CGUGGAAACAAGCUAAAUGGAGGGAUUUUGAAGCUAGUUAAGGACAGUGUCGGUGUCGAGAAGGAGUCCAUAUCGACUGCCUACAUCUUUGCACAAAUGAGCCAGUUUGCAAACUAGUUAAACCUAACGAGAGUUAUCUGUAGCAAUACAUUGGCUUCAAACUGCAAAGUUAUUAUUGAGUCGCUAACUAACGUAGAUAGUACUCUGGCUGUGUGCGCGGGGAAGGGCCCUGAAGAGCUGGAAAAGUAAGUAUAAUCGACAACAUCAUGACCCAACAAGGAGCAGCGCUACAAACCUACAACAACGAGCUUGUCAAGUGUAUCGAGGAGCUGUGCUCUAAGAGGGAUGAGUUGAACCGUCAGAUACAGCUGGAGGAGGAGGAGAAGGGUCGUCUACAACACGACAUUCGCGUCCUCACUGAGAAGCUAAGCCGCGUCAAUGAGAGCUUGGCCAGACGACUCACCGCCCGCGCUGACUUUGACCGCACCAUCGCUGAGACUGAGGCUGCCUAUAUGAAGAUUCUGGAGAGCUCUCAGACACUGCUGAGUGUACUAAAGAAGGAAGCGGGAAAUCUGGGCAAAGCCACUGAACCAAGAGGGAAAGACCACUGAUGUCCAGACUACCUUCCCUCUCACCCAGAUACCAGCACUUCCAUCACCAUCUAUCUAGAACUGUUUGUAAUAUAUUUAUGUAAAAAUGUUUUGAAUAUCUAAUUCUCUUUACUGGUGUACUUAUUUUAUAUCAAUUGAAUUAUUUUAAUAAAGUUUGAAGAUUCCCUUCACAUUUGCCAUGUAUGGAACCAACUCAAAAGUAA